AUGGAGACCCAACGCGACAACUCAAUUCCAUUUCUAGACGUUCUCAUCACUAAGACACCGUCUGGAUUCCCAUCUCACCAGGUGUACCGGAAACCUACCCACACAGACCGCUACCUCAACUUCCGCUCACACCACCACCCGUCCAUCCACCAAUCAGUCGCCAACACACUCAUCAGACGAGCCCACCAACUCAGCGACAAGGCACACUUACAUCAAGAACUCAAGCACGUGACCAAUGCACUCACCACCAUCAACCACUACCCCAGAAGAAGGAUCAAGACUCAACCACCCAACCAUCAACCCAGCACCGACAGCACCGAAAACCCAUCCGAAACCAAGCCCGUCGCCACCAUAGUACUACCCUACAUCGGCAAGACUUCACACCGACUACAACGCAUCCUUCACUCUGCCAACAUCCUCGUCAGACACCAAUCCUCUCGAAAACUACACUCCAUCCUUCACUCUCAUAAGGACAAGCACCCAUCCAACAAACAACCAGGCGUCUACAAGAUCCCCUGCGACUGCGGUAAAGUCUACAUUGGGGAAACUGGCCGAGACUUCGACACCAGACUCAAGGAACACAAGACCCACCACCGACGCAGCGACUGGGACCGAUCCGCCAUCGUCAAGCACGCACAACAAGAGAAUCACCGCAUAGAAUGGGAAAGGAGCCACCUAAUCACCAACAUCCGGCACUGGAAUACCAGAAGGGUCAGGGAAGCCAUUGAGAUACAUCAACAUAACACUGUGCCUCAAGACCCUGGCCUCCACAUCAACAGCAUCUGGCACCCAAUCCUACGUCACCAUCAAACUUCUAACCAAUCCACAAACAACCAGCCGUCCACCGUCACUCCACCGAGCCCUCCUACCCAACACAGCAGUCUGAUUGCAUCACCAACUCAACCAGGGACUCCGCCGACACACACACCACCGCCACCGACACCUCGCUACAACCUCCGCCGACGACCCAACACCUCAUCCGUACACCAGGCCACCCACUCACUCCCGCCGAAGCUCACCCGACGAGUCCGCCGACCAACACGCACAGAACGCCACCAUUGA